GGGGCCUGCUAUGAUAGGAAAGUCACAACAGGUCACCAGGACUGGUUAAUGGGAGGUUGAGGAGAACAAAGUUUGAAACAAAAGUGAAGGUACCAGUGUGCUUCUGGGGGAGAGACGAGCAAGGUGGUCAGCAGCCGGCAGCAACCCUGGGAAGGGCACUGACAACAUGGACUAUGAUGAUGAUGAUGAUGAGGAUACACUUGAACAAGAGGAGGCCACCCAACAGAUAGAGAAAAGUGAUUCCGAUGAAGAUAUCAUCUGUGUGGUAGAAUCUGCUCCAGUCAUUGAAAAAGAUAAAACCCAGCCUGAGAGCUACGAAACAGACCUUGAGAUCGAAGUAGAUUCGGAAAAGACUUUCACCACAGGACAGGAGGAUCUCUACCUAGAAGCCUGCAAGCUUGUAGGAGUGAUUCCUGUUUCUUACUUCAUCAGAAACAUGGAGGAAACCCACAUGAACCUCAAUCAUCAUGGGCUGGGACCCAAGGGUACCAAAGCCAUUGCUAUAGCCUUAGUGUCCAACACAACUAUCACCCGCCUGGAGUUAGAAGAUAAUUGGAUACUGGAAGAGGGUGUCUUAGCCCUGAUGCAGAUGCUACAUGAGAACUACUAUAUUCAGGAACUGAAUGUCUCCCACAAUCACCUGGGUUCUGGAGGAGCCAAAAUUAUCACAGAUUUUCUCUUAGAAAAUACUUCUUCACUCUGGUCAAUUCAACUUGCAGGGAAUAACUUCAAAGAUGAUACGGCCGAGAUGUUCCGCAACGCACUUGUGUCUAAUUACCGAAUCAAGGAACUGGACCUUAGCCACAAUUCAUUUUCUGAAAAAGGAGGAGAGCAGUUGGGAUAUAUGCUGGUCCUCAAUGAAGGACUUCAGACAUUGAACCUCGGCUGGAAUCAACUGCACUCAAGGGGAGCUGUGGCAGUGUGUUAUAGUCUCCGGGUCAAUGUUACACUGAAGACUUUGGACCUUUCUUGGAAUGGCUUUGGUAAUGAAGGGGCUCAGGUCUUGGGGGAAGUACUCAAAAUCAACUCUACUCUAUCCUAUCUGGAUAUCAGCAGCAACCACCUGAACAAUGAUGGGGCCAACAGUCUGAGCAAUGGAUUGGAACUCAAUGAAACCCUCAGAAUUUUAAAGAUGUCCCAUAAUCCUGUGACUCUAGAGGGUGCGCUGUCAAUUAUCUUGUCUGUCAAGAGGAACCCCAAAAGCAGGUUGGAGGAGAUCGACAUCUCAAAUGUGUUGGUGACUGAAGGAUUUGUGAAACAACUAAAUGGCGUCUUCUCUGUUCAUCCUGAACUAGAUGUGCUGUAUGGUGAAGUGAUAGGCACUAUCAGCAAGAGAGUCAUAUUACCAUCCGCUUUAAAGUUAAUCAGGACUUACGUGGUGUCGCAGAACGCUACAAUCUUUGAAUUCUUUAAGACUAUAGAUCAUCUUGGAAUGACGAAGAUGCCUGUGGCAGAAUUUCGGAAAGCUUUGACAGUGCAAAAGAAGGUUCCUUUGAACAGAAUACAAAUCAGGGAAUUAAUCAAGAAACUAGACCCAUAUGAAACAGGGACAGUAGACUAUAGUGUGUUUGAAGAACAGCCAAAGUCCCAAUGAGAUGAGAAGCCGCACCAUGGAGAAAAAAUUAAGAGGAAGCAAGAAACCAAGGAAAUUUAGACUAAAACCUUAUAGACAACCUUAUGGACAGUCUGAAAAGACAGAAACUUGGAAUGAGGAAAUAAUACACUGAGUUUCCUCUUG